AUGACGAGGAGUUCGAGGCACAAGUCGAGCAAGCAUCGGGAUGUGAGGGAGUACUCGGAUUCGGAGAAGGAGAAGGAUUUGAGUUCGAAGGAUCGGAAGGAGAGCGGCGGCGGAGGAGGAGGAGGUAGGGUUUCGAAGGAGUCGAGUGAGAAGAGGAAGCUGGAUUUGAAGGAGGGGAAGGAGAGUGAGUAUUCGGAGGAGUUAGUGUCGUCGAAGCGGCGGAAGGAGAGGGCUGUUGAUGUGGUGGAUGCAGGGAGUGACAGGUGGAACGGCGGCGGCGGAGGGGAGUAUGAUCACAGGGAGAAGAAGUCGGUGAAGGGCUCCGGGGAUUCGAAGAGUAGGAAGAGGGAUGGGAGUGUGGAAAUGUAUGGGGAGGAGGUGAAGAAGAGCAGUAGCGGCGGUGGGAAGGGUGAAGGGAAGCAUAGGGAUAGGGAGAGGGAGAGGGAUAAGGAUUCGAGUCGAAAGGAGGGGAGAGAAGGCGGUGGAGUGGAGAGGGAGAAGGAUAGGGAAAGGGAGAGGGAGAAGAAAAGUAAAGAGGGGAGAAGUGGCGGCGAGGAUCAUCAGCGUGUGGCGGCAAAGCAAGGGAAUGAAAAUAAUGAUUUAAAUGGACGGAAGGAUUUGGAAAGUCCUGAACCAGAGAGCCAGAUUGAUAGACGAAUGAGGAAAAGGAGAGGUGAUUCUGGUGAUACUGAUAAACAUCUAGAUUUCGUAGAAGACAUCAAUGGUGGGCGAUUAUCGUCUAAGGAUGAUUUAGGCAGGGAAGGUAGGCAGAAAGAUGAGAAGCGAAAGGAUGACAGGUAUAGGGAGAAGUAUCGUGAAGACAUGGAUAGGGACAAUAAAUCCCGAGAUGAAAAGCAAAGAGAUGAGAAGCAAAGGGAUGAACGCUCUACAAAAGAUCAUCUAAGUGUCAAGUCUGAGGAUAAGCAUUUAAGGGAUGAAAAAGAUACAAGUGAUAUGCAACAGAAGAGAUCCAAGCUUCAGGAUGGUGAGCGCAAAGGAGAGCAUGACCGUGAUCGCAAUCGGGACCGUGACUCAUAUCAUGUUCGUGAGCGUGAACGGUACCAUGACCGUGAACGUGAACAUGGGUGGGAUCAUGGCCGUGACCGUGAUCGCGAUUAUGAUCGGGAUUGGGACUGGGAUCGUGAGAGGGAUGGAGAUCGUGACCGAGAGAGGAAUCAUGACCGUGAGCGAGCUCGAGACCGUGAUAGAGAUGGUGAUCGAGAUCGUGACCGUGAUUAUGACCGGGACUAUGAAGGGUCACAUCUUGAUGAUCGUAGCACGAGAUAUAAAGAUGGUAGCAGAGGAAAGAGAAGAUCGCCAGAUGAUCGAGAUGAUUCUACUGAUACUAAACCCAGAGGUGUGAAACCUAGGUAUUCUGACUUUGAAAAGAAGUCAUCAAGUGGUGAUAGGGUUGAGUCGGAUGUUAAUAAGGGAAGAUCUCAGUCGCGGCAAGCUUAUGCAGACACUAUUAUAAGCAACAAUAAACGAAGGACUUCUCCCAGUUCAAAUUCAAAUGUUGGCAUAGAUGAGUACAGGUAUGGUAAUCCUGAAGAUAUGAAAUAUAGGGAGUCUAUAGCAGAUCAGAGGUCUAAAGCACUUCCUCCCAGAGAUGUAUCUGGAGUUUCGGAAAGAGGAUCCAAGUACAGGUCAAUGGACAAAUCCAGUAAAAUGGAUGAUAGCCAUUUAGGGGAGCUUUCAAAUGAAAAACCUUCAGGUUCUAAGGCUUCACCAAUGGCAUUGAUGGAAAGAUCUCCUUCAUCAUCAAGUAUUGACCGUAGAUUUAUGAACAAAACUGCUGCCAGACGAAGUAUUGACAUUGAAGAAACAGGUCGGAGAAGCAGUGCUUCUGAUAAUAGAGAUUUCUCUAAUACUGAGGAUAGACCGAGUCGAGACUUACCAUUGGAUGAUUCAUCCCCCGCGGAUUCAUCAACUCACAAUAGAAGUGGUCAGAGUAAUUUUUCUUCAUUUGCUCCACAUCCUAAUUUCAGGGCUGGAGUUGAAAGCCCUUCCUUUACUGGUUCAGUGGAAGACGAUAGUAGAUUAAACUCUAGUGCACGUUAUAGGAGGAGCAGUGAUCCCAAUUUGGUUCGAGGGCCUUGGAGAGGUGUCCCAAACUGGCCUUCACCAGUUCCAAAUGGUUUCAUGCCUUUCCCACAUGGGGGACCUCAUGGUGGUUUUCAAGGGAUGCUGCCACAGUUUUCAGCUCCACCAAUUUUCGGUGUUAGACCUUCAAUGGAGAUUAAUCAUUAUGCAAUUCCUUAUCAAAUUGCUGAUGAUAGGUUUCCCGGUCACUUGCGCCCACUAGGGUCUCAGAACAUUAUGGAAGGUUUGGGCCCUUCUCACAUGCAUCCAUGGGAUGGGAGUACUGGAGCCUUUAGGGAUGAUUCUAACAGUUAUGGAGCGGAAUGGGAUCAGAACAGGCAUCCAAUGAAUGCGCGGGGAUGGGAUCCCAGUGCUGAGCCAUGGAAAGCACAAAACAAUGAUGCGAAAAGGGACAUGCCCUCCCCAUCUCCCAGAAAUGAUUAUCCAUUGCAGACCCUUGUGGAUGAUGGUGUGGCUGGGCAGGCAGGGCAGACGUCUCAUCAUGAAGAUAACCAGGAUCUUGAAGUUCAUACUAAAAGAGAUGAGACAGGGUCCGCUAUAGCUUCUCCUAUGAAAGAGUCGCCUAUAAAUCAUGAGAAGUCACGGGAUGGCUCUAAAUUGGCAACUGAUAAAGUCCCUUCUUUUAGCCAUUAUUAUCUUUCCAAGCUUGACAUUUCAGCAGAACUAGCUCAUACUGAGUUGUACAGCCAGUGCAUGAGCCUACUGGAUACUGAGGGGAGCACAACUGUUGAUGAAGAUCCUACUAUGCAUACAAUUUUAAAGGCUGCAACAGCAGGAUUGAGAUCAUCCAAUACAUUAUUGAGUUCCUCACUUUUUCCACCUUUGAAGGAUUCUAUUUUUCAGAAAGCUAUCGAUCUUUACAAGAAGGAGAGGAUGGACGCAAAAGGCAUGCCAUAUGUUACUGGAGGAAGAUUGGAUAUUAUUUUAGCAUCAAAUCAGAAGACCAUGGAAGCAAAAGUUUGUGAAGUGGAGAAAGUGGAUCAGCUGGUGUUGAAGUCUGAUGCAGAAAUGGCAGAUGCUCCAGUGUCAAGUUCAGAUGAGAAUAAUGCUCUUGUCACUGCUUCAUCAGGUAGUGGUGAGGAAAAACUGAAUGAGCUGGUUUCAACUCCUGGUCAGGAGAUGCAAAAUCACAUCUCUCUCGGUUCUCCUGAGUUGGAAAUGGCAGUUGAAGAUUCUAGUCGAGUUGAACAGGGAGAGCCUCAAACAAUUCCAAAUGGGGUGGAAAUGGAUUCAAUAUCUUCAGAGCAGGUGAAACUAGAGGUGGACAAAGCAGAUGGUAUCUCGCUACUUAACAGUGAAGCUUCUCUUCCUACCACCACCACUUUACCUGCCGUUGGCAACAGCAUGAGCAAGGUCGAAGAAGAUAAAUCUAUUUAUCCUGCCGAGGAAGGCGUGGCUGUUGAUCCAAUAAGGGGUCCAUCAGUUAUACCAGAUGGUUCCCCUAAGGCUUGUGAUGCUUUGAUGUCUGGGUCUAAUGAGUCUGAUUCGGUAAUUUUAAGUCGGAUACAUCAUUCUCCUGAAAGUACACAUUGAGACAAUUUCUAUAUCCAUGUUUUUGUUUUCCUUU